AUAGGCUGUACAAGGACUUUUAACUGUCUAAGACAGUGGGAGAGGUAAUAAAGAUUACUAACAGUAAUAACAAUUUUAUAUUUAAAUGUUGUUUAACACUCUUGUUGUUACAAGAAGCAACCAGUAAUAAGCAUUCUGUGUAAUCACAUGUAAAUACUGAUAAUUUUCUUGAAGAAAGUAUUAAAGGAAAGGUUGUUUGUAUACGUAUUGUAUUUAUUGUGUAUUAAUAAAUGUUUGUUAAUAAUAUCAUAAUUCAUUUUUUUCAGAAUUUGCAAUCUUGUGAAUAAAAACCAAUAAAACAAUCUGUGUGCUCUCACUUGUGUUCGGUUUUUACUGACUUGAUAACAGCAAAACUGCAGCUGCACUGACAUUGUCAUGCAAAAAUAUAAAGAUUGUGCUGAAAGAUUUGGCACGGUCUCCUUUGUGGUGAAAUAUUACAACAAGAGCACUAAAAAAUCUGAAAUUAAGACACAUCCUGUGAGGAAAAAUAUGGCAGCAAGUGUGUUUUUCCUGAAAAGAGAGCAUUUUGUAGAUGCUGCCUCCAGGCCAGGUCUUAUCUGGUUCAGCGGGGAGGAUGUGGUCAGUUCUGGGAGGCUUUGUUGGUGCUGGUGUUGGGGCUUUGUGGGAUGGUGGUCAUUGUUCCUGUGAGCCCGGGGUAUAGAAAACGUCUGGUGUUAUGCAGAAAGCCCGUUCCUGUGGGGGGUAUAAUAAGAGUCUGGGUACUUGAGCGUCUCAAAGUCAGUUUUGUGAAAUUCUCCCAAACUACAAGGACUGUGCUGCAUAAGAAUCAACCUCAUCAGUGAUGGAGACUCAGUCUGACUUGGAGGUGAUCUUAGAGUUCCUGGAGGAGUAUUACAAACAAAACGCUGGAGAAAAUGUGGACAAGGUGUAUUGGACUGCAGACGGGGAGUCAUACGAGCAACGCUGGAUGUGCUACGAGUCACCUAUUAUCAAACCUGCACUUCAGCCUUUGCUGGCACACGACGCCCCACCAGCCCUCAGACACAACACAACAGAAACAUUGUGUGAACGUGGGUCGCUGCCAAACUUUGUAUCAACAAGACAACCAACCAAACACCCGACCACAACAGCGGGGAGUGGUAGGAAGGUGCGACUCUUUCACUUCCUGUUCGAGAUGUUGGAGGAUCCAAACAUGGCCCACUGUGUGUCCUGGGUGCCGACGGACGCCGGCGUCUUCCGCUUUUCCUCCACGAACAAGGACCAGGUGGCGGCACUCUGGGGACAGAGAAAAGGCAACAAGAGACCCAUGACGUAUCAGAAGAUGUCCCGCGCCCUCAGAAACUACUCCCGGUCCGGUGAGAUCUUCAAGGUGAAGAAGAAGCUCACCUACCAGUUCAGCCGAGACACCCUGAUGUCACUGCAGAAAUGUCACAGAGGAAGCUCGUAA